AUGGAAGGAGAAGGAAUUUUGAUGGGAAAAAAACAGUUUCAAGGCUCUGAAGAAACAGUACAAGAAGAAGGUAUUACGAGAGCUACAGUUGAAAAGCAGGAUCUGAUUUGCCAGGGAUCUCAAGAAACAGCACAUGAAGAAGGAAUUACAGAUGGUGGAAUGAAACGUGUUGAUGAAAGCACUGCAGAGGAGAAGAAGAAACUGGUACUUAUGAGAGCUACAGUCGAAAUGCAAGAUCUGACUUCGAAGGAUAUAGAUGAUUUAACAAUGAGAAGAUUUCUUCGUGCGCGCGAUCAAAAUGUAGAGAAAGCUUCGGCAAUGUUGUUGAAAUACCUCGAAUGGAGACGGACAUUUGUACCUAAAGGCUUCAUUGCAGCUUCUGAGGUUCCAAAUGAAAUAGCACAAAACAAGAUGUUUAUGCAAGGGACAGAUAAAAAGGGACGUCCCAUAGCCGUCGUGUUUGGUGCUAAGCAUUUCGCAACUAAAGGAGACGAAUUCAAGCGUUUUCUUGUCUUUGCUCUGGACAAACUAUGUGCAAGGAUGCCUGCUGGAGAAGAAAAAUUCACAAUUAUUGGAGAUCUCAAAGGCUAUGGAUAUGCAAAUAGCGACGUUCGUGCAUACCUAGCAGCCCUUUCCAUCUUACAGGAUUACUACCCUGAAAGACUUGGAAAAGUGUUCGUUAUUCAUGCUCCUUACAUCUUUAUGACACUGUGGAAGAUUCUUUCGCCAUUUAUUGACCAAAACACCAAGAAGAAGAUAGUUUUCGUGGGAAAUAAACAACUGCAGUCUACUCUACUUGAAGACAUUGAUGAAUGCCAGAUUCCAGAGAUAUAUGGAGGAAAACUGAAAUUAAUUCCCAUCCAAGAUGCUGCCUAG